UGCUCACCUAGAUACGCUCGGAAGAGCCCGUAAAGUGUACAUGACUUGAUAGUACAUAGUCGGAGACCCUUCCACAGUGUAGAGUUCUUUCAACAAGCACCUUCCAGCUUCUUGCCCCAACAUUAGUGGAAGGCUGCCACGGGGACAUGGGCUCAUGUGCAAAGGUGAUCAAGACACCUUGGAAGUCCCUAACAUAACGGCCAUCCUACGCGCUGUAUAUAGUUUGGCUGCUUCUGCCGUCUGCUUUGCUCCCCCCCAAGAAAAUAAAACUUUGUCCUACUACUCACUGGACUCUACUCUACCUCAGGUGCUGACAAUACCCAGUAGCCAAUACCUUGUCAACUUUCUAUUUUUACGAUGGUAUCAUUUAAGCAGGCUAUAGCCACUUUGGCUUCCGUGGCUCAUGUCCUUGCUGCUCCAGCAACUCCCGGCACGGCGGACUAUAUCGCCCAUCCAGAAAGGGCUGCAGCGAUCCAAGAAGCAUUUGACAGAGCCUGGGCAGGUUACUACACAUACGCCUUCCCCCACGAUGCACUUGCUCCUCUAUCGGAAUCCUACCUCGAUGGCUUUGGUGGUUGGGGAGCAAGUGCUGUUGAUGCACUUUCCACAGCUUUGAUCAUAGGAGACAAGAAGGUUGUCAACCAGAUUUUGGAUUACAUCCCAGACAUCGACUUUUCGACGGCAAACUACACUGGUUCUAUCUCCCUUUUCGAGACAACGAUUCGUUACCUCGGAGGUCUGAUCUCUGGGUAUGAUCUCUUAUCUGGUCCCUUAAAAGAUUUAGCGGACGAUGAGGCAAAAGUGUCUGCGCUAUUGGAACAAGCAGUGAAGCUAGCCGAUUUGUUGUCAGUUGCUUUCGACACACCCAGUGGAAUUCCCAUCAAUGACCUGGACUGGCAACCGCCUCGUCCCCAGAACGACACUACCAAUGGUAUUGCGACGAUUGGUACCCUAGUCCUGGAAUGGACAAGACUGAGUGAUAUCACCGGUAAUAAAACAUACGCUGAGCUAUCACAGAAAGGAGAGGCGUAUCUACUUGAUCCUCAGCCGAAGAAUAUCGGAGAGCCGUUCCCGGGACUUCUCGGAACGUAUCUUGAUGUGACGAACGGCUCGUUCGUAACCUCUUCGGGGAGCUGGGGUGGCGGCGACGACAGCUUUUAUGAGUAUCUUAUCAAGAUGUACCUCUACGAUACCGAGCGCUUCGGUGACUACAAGGAACGCUGGGUUGUGGCUGUAGAUUCCAGCAUCAAGUAUCUCACAUCUCAUCCAUCAAGCCGCCCAGAAUUGACUUUCCUUGCGGCUUGGUCUAACUCGACAAGCCUGCGAUAUGUCUCUCAACAUUUGGCAUGCUUCAAUGGAGGCAACUUCAUUCUUGGUGGACUCACUCUGAGCCGACAAGACUAUAUCGAUUUCGGUCUUCUACUAGUUGAUGGCUGCCAUGACACAUAUGUCGAGACAGCGACCGGUCUUGGACCUGAGGUUUUCGCAUGGCAAGAUAGCGUCACCAAUAGCAGUAGCAACACAGCGGCACCUGCCGACCAGGCGGACUUCUACAAAGAUGCAGGCUUUUGGAUUAGUAGUUCCGCUUACGUUCUUCGUCCCGAGGUCAUUGAGAGUUUUUACUAUGCCUGGCGUGCCACUGGUGACUCCAAGUAUCAGGACUGGGCUUGGAGCGCCUUCCUGGCCAUCAACAAGACGUGUUCCGUUGGUGAUAUCGGGUUUGCGGGUGUUAGCGAUGUGAACUCCCCGGACGGAGGUCAGAAGUACGACGAACAAGAGUCCUUUUUCUUCGCCGAGGUGCUCAAAUAUGCAUAUCUGAUUCAAGCCGAGGAGGCAGAGUGGCAGGUGUCUGCUGACAAGCACAACACUUGGGUCUUCAAUACGGAAGCGCACCCUUUCAAGGUUGCUGGAUCUGCAGCGUAGUUGUAUGUCACUCACGAUGGGCUCGAUGCGUGAUUGUCGAAUUGCAUAGAUUAUGGAUUGUCGACGUUCGGAAUAGUCUAUUAUAGUCUCCUUAAUGGUAUUAUAAUUCCUUAUUGA